CUCCAGCGAGAGCCACUCUCCACCAUUCCCCUUACGACGUUCAGAUAUACUAGUUCGAUUAUCAAAACCAUAAAAGCGCACUCUCUACACAAAACCAUAGAUACUGCAAGGCCCCCUAAGCAACAUCAGACAGCCAUCUCUGCAACAAUGGCGAUAGACUCCGAGCCCCUCCGCUUCGCCGAUGUAGCGGUAACCUACACGGCGGACCAAUUCCAAGGAAUCUACCGCGGCAAACAAUACCAUGCCCCGGACUUCGGAGAAGUUAUCCAGCGGGCCAAAGCCUACAACUGCGAGAAAAUGAUGUUGACGACCAUGAACCUGGAGGGUUUCCAUCGCAACCUGCAACUUGUCCGCGAGCAUCCAGAAACAUGCACCCUCACACUAGGCGUGCAUCCCUACCACGCGGCGGAAAUAUACACCUCUACCAACGAACCAUCCUAUCUCUCCCAGAUCCGCGAACUAGGCCAAUCCCUCCUGCGCGAGGAGAACUCCCCGCUCGUAGCAUUCGGCGAGAUCGGUCUGGACUACGAGUACCUCGACCGCGCGGACAAGGAGACGCAGAUUCGCGCUUUCAAGGAUCAACUCGAGCUCGCAGUGGAGUUCCAGCUCCCGCUGUUCCUGCAUGUUCGGGAAUCCUGUGCCGAUUUCAUCGAGAUCAUCCGUCCGUAUCUACCCCGGUUACCCAAGGGCGGGCUAGUUCAUUCCUUUACUGGCUCUGUGAGCGAGAUGCGGCAAUUGACUGAUGAGCUGGGACUAGAUGUCAGCGUGAACGGGGUAUGUUUCCGGACGGAGGAGCAACUGGAGAUGGUGAAGGCGAUUCCCCUGGACAAGUUGCAGUUGGAGACGGAUGCGCCGUGGUGCGAGGUGCUGAGUGCGGAUGAGAAGAUUGCACCGUUUCUACAGAAGGCGAGGGAGAUGCCGCCGGUUAGGAAACAUAAUAAGUUCAUUCUGGGACAGAUGGUGAAGAAUCGCAAUGAGAGCUGUUUUAUGGAGAGGGUGGCGAUGGUGGUUGCCGGGGUGAAGGGGAUUUCGGUGCAGGAGGUGGCUCAUGCGGCGUGGAAGAACAGUGUCAGGAUGUUUGGGUUGGGGGUACGACAGUAGAUCAGCUGCACCAGAAGAGAGAUGUGUUUGUAUAUAGAGCAGGAUGUGUAUAUACUUGAAGUCACUAGACAGGGACCACCGUAUAGACCCCUCCAGCGUCCGUCUGUAUGCCUCCCGUAUAUCUCUCCCCGUUGACUGUAAACUCCGAGCCACCCUGAACACGAAUUUCCAACAAGCUACCGCUUCGCGAGGUGAUUC